CGGGCGUCCGCGCACGCGAUUGGAGGUUGGGAGCUGCGUUUGGAACCGUCCGGGCCGCGUUCGAAUCGCUUGGCGGAUUCCGGGUGCAGGGGGUUUGGAACCGUCCGGGCCGCGUUCCAAUCCAACCACCAGUGGACUGUGAGUGAGAGGAGCCUGUGCAUAUAGGCUGAAGGACGCAAAAUGAGCCUGCGAAAGCAAACGCCCAGCGAUUUUCUAAAACAAAUCAUAGGGAGGCCAGUGGUGGUUAAACUGAACUCGGGUGUGGAUUACCGAGGUGUUUUAGCUUGUUUGGAUGGAUAUAUGAACAUAGCACUGGAACAGACAGAAGAAUAUGUAAACGGUCAGCUUAAGAACAAAUAUGGAGAUGCAUUUAUUCGAGGCAACAACGUGUUAUACAUCAGCACACAGAAGAGAAGACUUUAGAUGAUGUUGUAGACUGAAUAUUGAUUUUUGAUUUGAAAGGCAUAAUUUUUUUUAUAUGUAACAACUUUUCUUUAACUCUUUUGAAAAUUUAGUUUUCUACACUAUAUAACUGGUGGUUUAUCGAUAAAGAAUGAUUUAAUUCAUAUCUUAGUUUGGUGUGAUGUAUGUGUCUUAUUCUGACUGGUACUGGCCUAUUUUGGAAGUAUUGUAUACAAUUAAAGGAACGUGCAUGUUUGGAUAGUAGCUAAUAUACUGCUGAAAACAUUGUGAAUAAAGGACUUGAUGUACACGU